AUGUUGCCUGCGAUACCUGCGGUGGGACCACGAAUCAGGUGUCGAACGAACGGAUCUUCUCAGCACCCUGAGAUACUAGUCGUCAAGAUUAGACGAGAUGACUUUGGUGAGACGGGUGAGACUAACCGCCAGGGCGAGGCUAUUCUUGGCCCUAUCAAGAUCUUUGACCGAAUUAAAGCCAACAAGACGUUGAACUUGACCGACUUCCAAGAGAAUAAGGAUCUGGCCCUGAUUUACGAGCUCUCUGGUGUUGCGUCACACAACGGAGAUGAUAUUGAGGAAGGCCAUUGCAUCGCGCACACAACUGGGCCUGAAAUCAAUGGUAGGACUCCAGUCGACGCCAUUUCGGAUAGUAAUGUCCAGAUUUCAACUCACAAGAUGCUUUCACAGGAUCCGAAGAGCUAUCAUGCUGAUCCAGCUGAGGAGGAAGAGCGCAAGGAAAACUUUGAGAACUAUUUCGCAUUCUACAUCAAAUCAAGCAGUAGUCACCCGCUUACUGCCAGAGUGUAUGCCGGGUUGGAGUCGACUGCGCGGCCAUUUGGGAAGGGCCAGAACAAACGCGUGAAAAAAGGCGAAACAGGUUGCGGCUAA